AUGGCUGGAAUUAUUGGACAUAUGGAUCCCUUUGAUGAGACCGGUGAGCAAUGGGCAACGUACAUUGAACGUUUUGAACAUUACGUCCUAGCUAAUGAGAUUAGGGAUGCAAAGAAAGUGCCGGUGCUAUUAAGUGUGCUGGGAUCGAAAACGUAUGGACUACUGCGAAGUUUGGUUGCACCCGACAAGCCUGGGGAGAUGGACUAUGAUGAUAUUGUGAGAGCGUUGCAGGCUCAUUUCGCUCCAAAGCCGCUCGUAAUUGCGGAGAGAUUUCGGUUUCACAAGCGAAAUCAGGGAGAAGGAGAGACCGUGUCACAGUAUGUCGCGGUAUUAAAAAGACUUUCGGAACAUUGUGAGUUUGGUGCUUACUUGGAAGAUGCACUAAGGGACAGAUUUGUUUGUGGACUUAAAAGUGAAACCGUACAGAAGCGCCUUUUGACGGAGAAAGAUCUCACGUUUCAGAAAGCAGUCGAUUACGCUGUAUCGGCGGAGACAGCAGCGCGUGACGUGCAGCAGUUAAGUGGCUCGCUUAAAGUGAACGCGGUGUUUUCUCAAAAAUGCUGCCGUUGCGGGAAAACUAAUCAUAACGAUGAAGCCUGCUGGUACAAAGAUCGUGACUGUUAUCAGUGUGGGAGGAAAGGCCACACAAAGCGUAUGUGUAAGAGUAAAGGCAAGAACGGCCGUGACCGAGAAUGGAAACAGAAAGUGGAAAAACCUGAACAGAGAGGUAAUGCAAGUAAUCGCAGUGUGAAAGGUAGAAAGAAGAACGUUUUUCACGUGGAGACAAGAGAAGAUCAAAGUGAAAGUGAGGAAAAUAAAUCUGACACUGAUUGUGAGUUUGGACUGUAUGCUAUGUCACAAAAAGGGAAAUAUUCACGAAUCUCAGUGCUGCCUGUUGUAAAUGGAAAGAAAAUGGAGAUGGAAUUGGAUACAGGGGCUGCUGUGUCUUUGAUCCCUUGGGAACAGUAUAGAAACACGCUGGGCCAACUACCACUGCAACCCACUGAUAUAAUGCUUAAGACAUACACUGGAGAGCCUUUGACACCUGAAGGGGUUAUCAAAGUGAAAGUAAGGUUAAACAAGCAAUGUGCUGAAUUGCCUUUGUAUGUAGUUAAAGUGGAUGCACCCGCACUGUUUGGAAGAGAAUGGCUGAAAGCAAUUAAACUAAAUUGGAAAGAUUUAAAGACUGUGCAUGCAAUUGAGCAAAAAGAGAAAGACAACUUGGAGGCCGUAUUAAAGAGACACUCAGCUGUUUUCUCUGAAAAUCUAGGCACAAUGAAGGGAAUUAAAGCCACAUUGACUAUAAGACCAAACAGUGUACCAAAAUUCUGUCCACCACGUAACGUGCCAUAUGCCCUCCGACCGAGAGUUGAGGCCGAACUAAAGCGACUGACGGAGCUUGGGGUGAUCUCACCAGUGGAGCAUAGUGAUUGGGCCACACCUGUGGUGCCGGUCAGCAAAAAAGAUGGCACAGUGAGGCUUUGUGGAGAUUUCAAGAUCACCAUCAACCCAGCUCUGUGCGUGGAUAGGUAUCCAAUCCCACGCAUUGAAGACCUUUUUGCCUCUCUAGCGGGAGGCCAACGCUUUAGUAAGUUGGACUUAUCAAAUGCCUAUCUACAGAUGGAGGUAGAAGAGAAGUCUAGGGAGCUGCUGACUAUUUCAACUCAAAAAGGACUAUUUCGUUUUAAUCGUUUACCUUUUGGAGUAGCUUCAUCGCCUGCCUUAUUUCAGAAGGCUAUGGACCAAGUGCUUCUCGGACUGCCGUACACGCACUGCUACUUGGACGACAUCCUUAUCAGUGGUCCUGAUGAGCUGACACAUCUAAAAACGCUGGAUGCAGUCCUGGGCAGGUUGCUAGAGAAUGGGCUUUUUGUCAAGGCGGAGAAAUGCGAAUUUCAUGCACAGUCUGUUUCCUUCCUAGGGCACAUCAUUUCGACUGAGGGUGUCCGUAUGGAUCCGGAGAAAGUUAAUGCUGUGGUGGAUUGGCCAUCCCCAGAGUCUCGCAAGGCCCUGCAGAGAUUUCUGGGGUUCGCCAAUUUUUACCGGCGUUUUAUUCGCAAUUUCAGCCAACUAGCCGCACCUCUGACCGCCUUGACCUCCCCUAGCACGGCGUUCAGGUGGUCGGAUGCAGCCCAGACUGCAUUCGCCAAACUGAAAGGCUGCUUCGUUUCAGCCCCGAUUCUCGUGGCCCCUGACCGUAAACGCCAGUUCAUAGUGGAGGUCGAUGCGUCAGAUGUGGGGGUAGGAGCCGUGUUGUCUCAACGCACAUCCUCAGACGGAAAGGAAAGACCGAUAGCCUAUGCAUCACGAACACUCAGUAAGGCGGAGCAAAACUAUGCUCAAAUUGAGAAGGAGGCGUUAGCAAUAGUUUUUGGAGUACGCAAGUUCCACCAGUACCUCUAUGGUAACAAAUUCAUUCUACUCACUGACCAUCGGCCGCUAACCUCCAUUUUGAGCCCAUUGAAAAGCACACCGCCAAUGGCUGCAGCCCGAAUGCAGUGUUGGGCGCUCCUCCUGUCAGCGCAUGAUUACGCAAUUAAAUAUCGGAAAGGUGCAUUGCAUGCAAAUGCCUACGGACUGUCACGGCUGCCACUCCCCUACACUCAUAAAGAAAAGCGGAGCGCAGUAGAGGUAUUUUACACAUCUCAGUUGGACACAUUACCAGUCAGUAGCACCGAAAUCAGAAGUGACACCUUGGCUGAUCCCACCUUGGCUCGUGUUUUUGAAAUGGUCUCGACUGAUCGUUUUCCAGCUACAAAGGAUGCCGGUGAAGAGCUGUCGCCCUAUCUGUUGCGCCGGCAUGAGCUCACAACCCAACAGGGAUGCCUCAUGUGGGGUGUGAGAGUGGUGGUGCCACCAAAACUGCGCCCCCGAGUUCUGGAAGAGCUCCACUCAACACAUCCAGGUGUAGUUAGGAUGAAGAGUUUGGCACGCAGUUAUGUGUGGUGGCCCGGUAUAGACUCGCAAAUUGAGCUCCAGGUCAAAUCUUGCCACUCCUGUCAGAGCGUACAAAAAGAGCCUGGGCUAGCACCUUUACACCCCUGGAUGUGGCCCUCCAGUCCUUGGGAAAGAAUACAUGUGGACUUUGCGGGUCCAUUUGAAGGACAUAUGUACUUGGUCACAGUUGAUGCACAUUCAAAGUGGCCUGAAGUGCAUAUCAUGGACAGUACCACGGCCAGCAUGACCAUUCAAGUGCUCAGGGGCCUGUUCAGUCGCUAUGGCAUUCCACACAUCCUUGUGAGUGACAACGGACCGCAGUUCUGUGCUGAAGAAUUCAGUACAUUCCUGAAGUCCAAUGGAGUCAAACACAUCCGCUCAGCGCCAUACCAUCCAGCCACCAAUGGUUUGGCCGAACGGUUCGUGCAGACAUUCAAACAUGCCUUAAAAGCAUCCAAAGGCACCGCACAUGUGCGUCAGCGACUUGAGGCAUUUCUACUGACAUACCGAAACACCCCACACGCAACAACGAAAGAAGCACCAGCUAUGUUGUUUCUUGGACGCAGGCUGCGCUCCCGACUGGACUGUUUAAAACCAAGUGUUGCUGGAGCAGUACACAGGUCACAGGAUGCCCAACAACAACGGCGCCAGCAUCACUCUAAGGACAGACAGUUUGAGGUAGGAGAGUCAGUUCUUGUGCGUGAUUAUAGGAAGGGGGAGGAAAAGUGGACACAAGGUGUUGUUAGAGAAAAGACAGGACCUGUGUCGUACAAGGUAAAUGUGGGAUCGCCAGGGGUAUGGAAACGCCAUGUGGAUCAAAUGCUGACACGCCCGGACACAGAGUCACAGCAAACUGCAGUGAACCAGACUGUAAGCCCACAGGUGUUAUUAUCUCAGAGUGAUAGUUGCGCCACUCUGCACCCAAAUACCCUUUCACCAGAAAAGAAAGGUGAUCAAGUUCCAGAAAUCACAGAACCAUUAAAAACCAACCAGCCCACUGAACCACCCUCUACGGAACAUACUCAGAAAACAGAGACUGUGAAACGCUAUCCCGUAAGGAUCACAAAACCACCAGCACGUUAUCGUGAUGAGUGA